AUGACAACGGAAUACUACACGAAAGCUUUAGAACUGGCUAAAGAAAGAGGUGACAAACGGCAAGAAGCAGAGGCAUAUCUGGGGUUAGGAUAUGCUUGCAAAUAUAAUAAUCAAAAUGAUAAAGCAAUUACAUACUAUGAGAAAGCCUGUAAAAUUUCCAAGGAUCGAAACGAUAAAGAGCAGGAAGGUAAGGUUUACCUUGGGUUAGGAGAAGUAUAUAAAUCAAGUAGUCGGUUUCCAAGAGCAAUUGAGCACUACCAGAAAGCUUUGGAAAUCGCGGAAGAACGUGAUGAUAAACUGCAAGUUCUCGAAGCUUCCCUUGGGCUAGGAGUUGCCUAUAAAUUAAGUAAUCAGUUUCAACCUGCAAUUUAUCACUAUGAUAAAGCCCUGAAAAUUGCAAAAGAAAAGGGAAAUAAACAGCAGGAAACUGGUGCCCGUUUUGGUUUGGGAGAGGCUUUUCAUUUAUGCAAUCAGAUUCAAAACGCAAUUAACACUUACGAGGAAGCCUUGAAAAUUGCGAAAGAACGAGAGGAUAAAUAUCACGAAACCGAGGCCCGCCUUUGGUUGGGAAACACUUAUAAGCUGAACAAUCAAAUUCAACUAGCAAUUGAUAACUAUGACAAGUCCUUGGAAAUUGCAAAGAUACAGAAAGAUAAACGACAAGAAACAGAGGCUUACUUUGGACUAGGACAUGCUCAUAAAGUGAAUGGGAAUAUUCAACUCGCAAUUGAUUACUAUGGAACAGCGUUGGAAAUCUCAAGUGGAAGAAAAAAUAAAAGGCUGGUAACUGAAGCGUACCUUGCUUUGGGAGAUAUUUAUAGAUUAGAUGAUCAGGUACAACUCGCAAUUGAAUACUAUAGGAAAGCCUUAAAUAUUGCAAAGGAGCGAGGAGAUAAACGGCAAGAAACUGAUGCAUAUCUUUGGCUGGGGCAUACUUAUAAGCUGAACAAUCAGAUUCAAGUGGCAGUUCAACAGUAUGAGAAAGCCUUGGAAAUUGCAAAGGAACAAAAUGAUAAACGGCAAGAAGCAGAAGCCUACUUUGGUCUUGCUGAUGCUAAAAAAUUUGAAGAAAAAGAAGGAUCUGGAAGACAAG